AAUAGCAGUCAGGGCCUCCAACCUUUGAAGCAAAACAAUUCAAUUUCCUCUGAAAUCACUUUCCAUUGUUCUCUAUUUCUCACCCCCCAAAAAAAAAAUGUCUGGCUGUGGAGGAAACUGUAACUGCGGCUCUGACUGCAAGUGCGACAGUAGCUCCAAAUGUGGGAUGUACCCUGACAUAGAGAACACCACCACUACAACCAUCCUGGCUGGCGUUGCACCACCAGUGAACAUGUACUCUGAGGGAUCGGAGAAGAGCUUUGGAGCAGAAGGAGGGCAUGGUUGCAAGUGUGGAUCAAACUGCAAGUGUGACCCUUGUACCUGUUAAAAUGAACAAAUAUGGAUUUCAAGCAAAGCAGCAAUAUGGCUUGACAUGAAUGAAAAAUAAGGAAUGUCUGUGCUUUUGUGUUUGUAUGUUGGAAAGAGUCUUAGGGUUAUAUAAAGCAAAAUAAGAUAGCCAUGGACUUUUGAAUAGUCCAACUGUUUGGAUUGUGUAGAUGUCUUUUGUGGCUACUUGUCAAGCACUUGUGUUUGCUUUGUGGAGUUUGAUGUAUGUCUAUGAAAAGGUGGAGUGGAAACAAACAUGAUAUGAAUAUACCUCCUUCAAUUGUUGUGUCGUCUA